AUGCAGUUCCUCAGCUGGAACCACAACAUCCAGGGAAGCUGUUCUGGCAUUGCUACAGGGCAGCGUAUAUCAUGCGAUGUGCCAGGUACGCAUACUGACGCGGGAGGCUCGCUCUUGAACAAGUCGCCAGGCGGCACGGCACCCAAGCCCAACGCAACAAUAACCGCCCUUGGCGCAACAGGCUCACCGACUUACUAUGAAACCGCCACGCCCGCCAACCCGACUCAGAGCGGCACCAUCAGCCAGUGCGGCGCCUAUUAUCUCGUGGCGCCCGGCGACGAUUGCUUCACGGUGAACCAGCGCUUCAACCUAGCCGCCGGCAGGCUGUGGGAGUGA